AUGGACCGUAUCGACGUGCACCACCACUUCAUUCCCCCUGCCUAUCUUCAGGGUAUCUUAUUCUAUCCCUCAUUUCUCCAUAGAGACAUAAUUAACCAAAUUAUAGCCUUCAACUCAACCCUUGGUGACCCCUCUGGCUGGCAUCUCCCAAGAUGGACCCCAGAAUCAACCCUGUCCCUCAUGACCUCCCACUCCACUCGCACAGCCAUUCUCUCCCUCACCGCACCGGGCACCUCUAUCCUAUCUGACUCUCCGGUGAAAUCCGCCAGCCUCGCCCGGGAAAUAAAUCUCUACGGCUCUCAACUUCAUCAGGAAUAUCCAAGUCGGUUUGGUUUCUUCGCUAGUCUCCCGCAUCUGACACCAGAGACCAUCCCCUCGGCGAUCGAGGAACUUACCUAUGCUCUUGAUAUCCUUCAAGCAGAUGGAAUCACUUUGUUCACACGUUAUAAUGGAACUGGGUAUCUCGGUCAUUCUGCGUUUGCACCACUCUGGGAGGAGUUGAACCGCCGAAAGGCAGUGGUCUUCAUCCAUCCGACAAACACCGCCUCGGAAACCCAGAAAAAGCCAGAGUUGGUCAAUGCGAAAAUACCUCAGCCAAUCAUUGAUUAUCCGCACGAGACAUGCCGAACGGCGGUGGAUCUGAUCACCUCGGGGACUAUCUCCAAGAACCCCGAUGUGAGAAUUAUACUGUCUCACGGAGGUGGUACAUUGCCUUUUGUCGCAACUCGGGCGGCGAAUCUGCUAUAUGACGCAGGGCUGACUGAGAUUACCCCAGAGACAUUCCUAGAGCAGGCAAGGGGUUUCUAUCUUGAUCUCGCACUCUGUGGGAACCACGGGAAUUUAGAGUUACUGGUGGGAAAAAAUGGGUUUGCAAAGACAGGUCAUGUGUUAUAUGGCAGUGACUUCCCCUAUGCUCCAGUUGAGACCAUUAACAAGUAUGUUGGGAUGAUGGAGGAGUUCUUUGCGCACACAAGGCAGAGGGAGAAGGAGAUUUCCCGCGGUGCGGCUGAAGAGUUAUUUCCGCGAUUUCGGAUUGAGGAGAAUAAUAAGCAGGUAUUAGCUAGGCUAUAG